AUGGCCUUCUCCGCUUUCACGUGGCCGUUCCGCCGCCGAAGCAGCAGCGGUGGCGGCGGCGGGGCCGGCCCGAGCAAACCCGCCGCCGCGGCCACGGAGGGGGAGGAGGAGCUCGGCGUGACGCCGCAGCUCCUCGACUUCCUCCGCACGCUGUCCCCCGACGCCUUCAAGGCGUCCGCCGUCCAGCUCAACCAAGGUGGCUCCGUGGAGGCGGCGGGCGAGCUCUCGGAGUGGCAGCAGCGGCACGCCGUCCUCGUGCUAGGCAGAGCCAAGGAAUUGGCUAAGAUCCGGUAUGAUCUGUGCCCGCGUCACAUGAAGGAUAAGCUGUUCUGGACAGUGUACUUCCUACUUGCCAGGAGCUACAUCUUGCCGUACGAGCUACGCGCCAUACAAAAAGAAAAGGUAAGAAGGAUGGAGACAGAAAACGGGAAGCCCAAAGACGAAAUUACUGUUGAGGUGGAGAUGCAGGAAUCGAAGUGCAGUAGAGGAUCUCGAACAUUACCAGAUGAUGAUUCAGAAAUUCAGGAUUCAUAGCUAAUGUUGCUGACAGUUGAAUGACUCAGAUGUUAAAACCAUUUUACAGAAGUUCCAGACGUGUGGGCUGAAUGCUCGUUGCGGCUUCUGACUGGAUGGAGUAAUCUGCGCAGUGUGUCUAUCGUAGUGCCUGUAUAUGUAGUAGUCAAAUUUUGGAAUAGAGGAAUUUUCUGGCAACAUCUGCUACCAGCUUAACAUAGCAGAUGUUUGUUGGCUGCAUACUGACAUGUAAGCUGAUGUGAACUUGGCCAUGAUCUUGAUGUGAAAUCCAUGAAUAUUAUGUAUUCUUGUGCAGGCUCUUCCCUCCA